UCACUUUGAGCUUGUUAAAUGACAAUAGCAUUAGAACUAGUUUAAGACUUAUUCGUACAGGUUGCUACAAGGAAAAUGGACGAGAAAACACCGCUAAUAAUCAAGCCCACAUUGCGCACAAGCAAUGCCAGGCUAUACCUCGCUGUUUUUUCUGCUGUUUUGGGGAAUUUCAAUUUCGGCUAUGCCUUGGUGUACCCCUCCCCAGUGAUCCCUCAACUCAAAAACAGUGAUAACCCCCAAUUGAGAAUGGACACAGAACAGAUAGCCUGGUUUGGGUCUAUUUUCACACUGGGGGCAGCAGCAGGAGGACUUGGUGCCAUGCUUCUGAAUGACCUGAUUGGCCGGAAGUUGAGCAUCAUGGUGUCAGCAGUCCCCUCAACAGUAGGGUACAUUGUGAUGGGAGGGGCACAAGCUACUUGGAUGCUACACCUAGGCAGGUUCCUGACUGGUAUCGCUGGUGGCAUGACUGCUGCUUCCAUACCUGUGUAUAUAUCGGAGAUCUCCCACCCCAAAGUUAGGGGGGCUUUGGGAUCGUGCCCUCAAAUCACUGCUGUGUUUGGAGCCCUGUCACUAUAUGCCCUUGGGCUGGUGGUUCCAUGGCAGUGGCUGGCUGUGGUGGGGGAGAUCCCAGCUCUGCUCAUGCUGCUGCUGCUGUGCUUCAUGCCCAACUCUCCCCGCUACCUCAUCAUCUGUGGCAAACAGGAGCAGGCCUGCAAGGCCCUGGAGUUUCUGAGGGGGCCCGACUCAGACUUCAUGACAGAGUUCAACAGGAUUGAACUCAGUAUCUCGUCUCAGGGGAGAAUCAGGUGGUCCGAUUUGACAACACCAUUUUACUACAAGCCCAUCCUGAUCUCCAUAGUGAUGAGGUUUCUUCAGCAGAUGACUGGCAUAACUCCCAUCCUGGUGUAUCUGGAGCCCAUCUUCCACAAGACUGAUGUCUUCCUGGAACCUAAGUAUGAUGCUGCGCUGGUGGGAGCAAUUCGACUUCUGUCUGUGGUGAUUGCUGCCAGUUUGAUGGACAAGGCCGGAAGGAAGGCCCUCCUCUAUACCUCAGGGUUCCUGAUGUUUCUCGCUACCCUUACAAUGAACAUGUACUCCCACACCACACCCUGCCCCUCCGGUAACCUGACUGGUACUGUGCUCCCCACAGACCUCAUAGCACAGCAGGGGGAAGCUGCCUUUAACGCCCUCACCCUCAUCCCAUUAAUAAGCACCAUGGUCUUUAUAUUUGGUUAUGCUCUGGGAUGGGGCCCAAUCACUUGGCUUCUGAUGUCUGAGAUCUUGCCUCUGGGAGCACGGGGGGUCGCGUCAGGCCUGUGUGUGGGGGUCAGCUGGUUGACUGCCUUUGUCUUGAGUCAUGUCUUUAUUCAUGUGGUGGAGACCUAUGGACUGUUUGUUCCGUUCCUGUUCUUCUCGGUGGUGUGUGUGGUGAACAUAAUUUUCACCGCCGUGUGUGUCCCUGAGACCAGGAACAGAUCACUGGAGGAGAUUGAGAACUAUUUCCGGACUGGACGCAGUUUCACCAUCAUUGACACAUAGCACCUCUUUGCUGUUACUUACUGGAGCAUUGUGGACUUCAUCAACAUGAUGCAGUCAUUUCUAUGAAUUGAUUUUAUUCAGGUGUUCAAUUCCGGGAUUUAAAUGUUUUUUAAAGGACAAAGGCACUGUUCUUGGAUCUUAAUGAUAUAGUUGUAUUAAUCACUCAUACAUAUAUUUAAUUGUAAAAGGACUUUACAUACAUACACAUGUGAAAAUA